AUUUCUACACCUAGACCAUCUUCUCCAAGUGAAUUACCUGAAGAAGAGAGCGUUUUAUUUAACAAACUGACCUACUUAGGGUGUAUGAAGGUUUCUUCCCCACGUAAUGAAGUGGAGGCCUUACGGGCAAUGUCAACUAUGAAAUCUUCCAGUCAGUACCCCUUUCCUGUUACUUUGUAUGUGCCAAAUGUGCCAGAAGGUUCUGUGAGAAUCAUAGACCAAUCCAACAAUAUGGAGAUAGCUUCUUUUCCAAUCUAUAAAGUGUUAUUCUGUGCACGUGGACAUGAUGGGACAGCAGAGAGCAACUGCUUUGCAUUUACCGAGAGUUCCCAUGGAUCAGAAGAUUUUCAGAUACAUAUUUUCACCUGUGAAAUUAAAGAGGCAGUAAGUAAAGAGGCAUAAUAUUUCUGAACUCUGAUCUCAGUUUUAUAAAUUAGAAUGUAUGACCAUGUACCAUA